UAUUAGAGUAUGACAGAGAAGAAGAAUAGUAACGGUGAGGUGAAGUUGUUGGGGGCAUGGCCAAGCCCUUUUGUGAUCAGAGCUCGCAUAGCACUCAACAUAAAAUCAGUGGAAUAUGAUUUUAUUGAAGAGACUUUUGGGAAGAGAAGCCAGCUACUUCUAAAGUCCAACCCUGUCAACAAGCAAAUCCCGGUUCUCAUUCAUGGUCACAAAUGCAUAGCUGAAUCCAUGAUUAUUGUUCAAUAUAUCCAUGAAGCUUGGUCCUCUUCAGGUCCUCCUAUUCUUCCCUCUCUUCCUUAUGAUCGUGCCAUCGCUAGAUUUUGGCUUACUUAUAUUGAUGAUAAGUGGUUCCCGCCCUUGAAAUCCAUUGUGUUGGGACUAGACACAGAGCCCAUAGAGGAAAAGUUGGAAAAAGUAAGAGAAGGGUUGGUAUUGUUAGAGGAUGCAUUCAACAAAAUAAGCAAAGGAAAAGAUUUCUUUGGAGGUAACCAAAUUGGGUACUUGGAUAUUGGGUUUGGAAGCUUCUUGGCAUGGCUGAAGACGGUGGAGGUGACUGAAGGUGUGAGCUUGGUGCAUGAAACCACCACUCCUGGCUUGGCUAAGUGGCUUCAAAAGUUUUGUGCGCAUGAUGCUGUUAAGGAUGUUCUGCCACCCAUUGACAAGCUUAUUGCCUUUUCUAAGAUGCUAAGGGCCAAUGUGGAUCUUGUCAUUAAUCCUAAGUAAUUUUGCUUAAUUAAUACUAGGUGGAAUCAUUAAUAAUGUAUUGUGUCAUUCUAACCUUU